AUGUCUUCAUCUUUCUUGGUUCCUUUCACACUGAAUGUGCGGCUAUCAGUUUCAUGCAGCAGCCUGCACGAUGGUUUGGGUGGUCUUUUGUCGUUAUUACGGGCCGAUGACCACAGUGUGAAGGCAGGUACAAUGUCGCGUGACCCAUGUGCCGAUGGGGAGAGACAGGAUGCAUUACGUCAUCUUCUCAGCAGGGAUGCCAGCGUCCUCUCGGAAAUUGACUUCCGCGGCGACAUCCCCGCCAUUGAGGAUUUCGCGUCCACUAUCCGCAGUGUCGACAGCUUCGAGAAGGGGUAUAUUUCCCUUAUUUUUCGUGAAUAUUGCAAGCGGAUGGGUAUAAUUAGUGAGUGGAAAGCGUCCCUACAGGCUGCCCAAAGGGAGAGUUCGUUUCCCAUAUCGGGUGCGUUGCUGGACACAGUGAUUGCCGAGGAGGCGAGUGCACGAGCGGAACUCCACACGUCCCGCGAGCAUUUCGUGGAGUGGGCUAAGGGGGUGGCCCCACGGUGGUUGGAGACGGCUCGCAACAUGGGAGCCUCGAAGAAAACAGAGGAUGGGGCUGCUGAGAGGGCACAAAAUCAAUUGGAAACUGUGAUUGCUCAGCAGUUUGGCUUCAGUGGCAACGACGUGGUGAACAGCGGCCCCCCGUCGUCUCCCAGGGUGACAGGGGCCAACAGUGACGCGUUGCGCCGACAGGCGAUUGCGAUGAUUGAGCAAGAGCAGUCGCUGAGGAGACAAGAGGCGAAGACAAGGGUGGCGAGUCUACUUGAGCAGGAGGAACAGUUGCGUUGUCAAAUGGAGGAAAGGCGCCAGAAGCGGGAAACCGAGGAAAAGCGGCACCACCAGGCCAAUAUGGAGGCAUUCUGCCGACAGCUUAGGCAGGAGGAGGAGUCAUUCCGUCAACGCAUGGAGGCACGCGAGAGCGAGCGACUCCAGUUGCUUGAACACAUUGAAGCAGAGGAGCAGUGGCUUUCUCAACGACUUGCUGAUCGGGAGAGGCAACGUGCGCUGGAAAUAGAGGCCAAGGAGAGAGCCGAGCGCGAGCAGCGAGAGUUGUACCGCGAGCACGUGGAGGCUGAGGAGGAGUUGCUUCGCAACCGUCUACAACAGUAUGAAGCGUCUCGAAAGAUGGAGGCUGAAAAGGCACGACAGAAGGAAAAAGAGGAUCGUGAGGAACUCUACGAGCAUGUGCUAGCCGAGGAGCAAUUAAUUCGACAACGACUUGAACAGCGGGAGAAAGAGGCUGAGCGGAGGGCUAGGUACGAGCUGUACCAUGCAGGAAGAGCAGACGCAGGACUAGGCAACACAGAUUCGACCUUGCCGGAGCAUUCCUUCGGUACGCAGCAGCUCGUAGGAUACCAAGCAAUUAACAAUUCAUAUACGGGUGUAGGAUUGUGUGGGGAAAGGCAGGCCUUCACAUCGCCCCAAGGGCAUCCCCAUUCUUAUCAUCAGCAGGUGCACUCUCUGCCCCAUGUUCAGCAUUACCAGCAACAGUAUCUCCCACAGGUGAUCACAUCCCCAGCUCAACCCAGUUGCUAUCCCGUUGCGCCAGCCGUCCCACAGCCCGCCACCGUUUACUCUCCCCUUACACAGUCAGUUGUUACACCACCUUACAAUCACUACGUGUCUUAUCACCCCCAGGGAGAGCUGCGAUCUCCGCAGCCACCCCAAAUGUUUCCUGGGAAUCACCCAUAUUACUUGAACCGUUGA